AUGAAGGCCCCCGAAGGUUUCCGGCUGCCUAACCCAAUUGAUUUCGAGACUCACCCUCCACCAGAGUUGCCAAAAUACUUGAAGCACCAGGUUUACGAUAAACCUGAGGUGUUUGCGAAAGUAGACAGUCAUGCAAUCCAGGUUGCAGAGUAUCAACAUCCCACAUUCAGGGACCUGAUGUGGGAUUUGCUAUAUCGGUACAAAUUAGAUGAAUUAGAAAGGGCCCGUGUAAUAUUCCGAUGGAUGACUGCGAAGGAUAUGCAGAAUAUCCACUUCGAAAAUGUCCCUCCCAAUUCUCCAGAAGACGUUCUCAUGUCCUUCAGCACCAACCGCGGCACGUUUUCCAGGAUGUACGAAGUAAUGUGCAAUUAUUCUGAAAUUCACUGUGUCACCGUUAGUGGAUAUGCCAAAGGUGUUGAUUACCUUCCUGGUGACAAAUUUUGUGGUCUUCCUCCCAAUCAUUCAUGGAAUGUCAUUUAUAUUCGAGGAUCUUGGCAGCUUGUUGAUGUUCAUUGGGCGGCUCGUUACCUAAGUUCGGGGAAAAAUGUACCUGAGAAUGUUGUCUAUGAGUAUGACGAUUUUUACUUCAUGAUGGAGCCUCAGCAGGCUGUUUACAGCCAUUUUCCAGAGGAUCAGAGAUGGCAGUUGUUACCUGUGCCCCUCACACUUUCUCAAUUCGAAAAUUUACCACUUACAAAGUCUCAGUUUUUUAAAUGUGCAAUUGAUUUCUUACAACAACAUCACGGUGUUGUUCGAACUCAGGAUGGUUGUCUGAGAAUGACUCUAGGGUUUUGGCGUCCUGGAGGUUUCACUUAUAAAUUACAGUAUUUGGUUACCAGCUACAACAAUCCUGACCUUGACUCACUUACUGCAUAUCCAAGCGAACUGACAGACCAAGUUCCUAAUUUGAAUGUUGAUUUGAAGUGUUUCGUUUUACAAGAAACAACGAAAGAUCGUUUAAACUUUUUCUUUCGACUCCCAGCUUCUGGAAUUUACUACCUCACCAUAUAUGCUCAGGAACUAUCAAGUCUGGCUGUUGGUCGCGAAAGUACUUUUCGAGCCGCUUGCGAAUAUAAAAUUAUAUGUAGCUCACCAGCACGAGAUGCCCAACCGUACCCAAUUUGUCAUGAUGCUAAUUGGGGACCAGCUUGGUCUCAUGUACAUCACUAUGCUCUUGAACCAAGCCAUACAGAGGGUGUGAUCAGUAUACCUAACGAAUUAGAUUCCUCAGUUAACUCCAACGGAAAUCACACACCACUACCAAAAACGGUUGAUAUAGGGUUUCAAAAACACCGACCUGAGGUUAAUUUACUAGCAAAACUUCAUCGAAAUGGAGUGUCGGACGACUUUCUUGAUCAGUAUCAACGUGUCACAGAGACAGUGCGUGAAACUUUAUUUCAUGUCACUCUACCUGAACCUGGUGAAUAUGGACUUGAAGUAUAUGCAAAUGAACCAUCUGAAGGUGAUACGUAUACACAUAUGUGCCAAUAUUUAAUACAUUAUGAAUAUCCAUCAAACUGGAGUAAUAAUUGUAUACCACGAUUAACAACUGCUGGUGCAGAUGCCGGUCCAUCCCCUGUUGCUCAUCAAUUUUGGCAUUCUAAUGAAAGAACUAAUAAUAACACACGUAACGGAAAUUUACCAAAAUACUUAUCUGCAACUUUUAAUGAACCAUCAUUGAAUAGUAGUGGUUCAUUAAGAGAAAUGUACAAUUAUGAAUUAGAUGCACCGCCAAUCGGAAAUUUGCCUAAAUUAUAUGCACACUCACAAUACGAAAAUGCAAAUCAGCCUAAUUUAAAUCGUAUAAACAAUUACUCAAUGAAUAAUAAUGAUAAUUUAUGCAAACCACCGUAUGGAUAUGUACCUUCGAAAAGUAAUCAUCUUAUGAAUAAUGAUCCUACAGCUUCACCACCCAUUGUACCGUCCUCCAAUGAUCGACUAUCAAAUUUAAACCAAAAUUUCUCUAAUAUCAAACUUAAACAAGAUUCGUCAUUAAAGCAUUCUCCUCGUGUUGAUGCUACUUCUGGUGGAUUAUAUGGUUACAAUCCGAUUACUUCAGACUCACCAGCUCUAAAUUCAACGAAUCAUGGUACUAAUCAAACUGUCUAUUCGCCUUCAUCAUCUCUUGUCGGACAAAAUCAUACUGGCAAUGGAAUACAACAAAAGUAUGCAUCUAGUACUAGUCCGCCAAUAAAAUAUCAAAAUUCUGUUCGCUUCGAACCUGGAUCCUCUAGUUAUGUUGGUAGUAAUGGAAGUAAUAAUACAAACAUGUGCUAUGUAUCACCUCCUGGUUCAUCAAAUUCCAGUAGUCUACCUUAUUAUAACAAACAACAGUAUGAUCAAGUCACAUCUACAACUGGAGGUCUUGGUCGAAGUAAUCAACCAGCAUCAUCAUCAACUAAUCAGUUUUACAAAUUUGAUCAAAGUACAGCUAAUUGGAGUUCUGGGCCGAUACAACGAGUUCCUCCAAAAGAAUUUGCCCCAAGUCCUUUGUCAAUGGAUACAUUGGAAGACAAACCAAAACCACAAGAAAUUCCGACAACUACUGAAAUGUCAUCUACUCCUUAUCAAUCAUUUGACAUCUUUCGAAGAAUUGAUGAACAUGCUGUCUCUGUAUCACAACAACAACAAGAUAAUUUUAAUCAGUUAAUUUGGCAACUAAUUUAUGCACGUAAUAUUACUGAUGAAUUGGAAAAAGUCCGUGUUAUCUUCUUAUGGUUGUGCACUAAAGAUCUACAUAAAAUGAAUUUUGACCAUGUGAAACCAGAUAGUCCAGAAGAAAUCUUGAUGGGUAUACGUACUGGUAAAUCGACAUAUGCACAAAUAUUUUAUACCUUAUGUCGUUAUGCUGGUUUACAUUGUAAACUGUUAAUUGGUUAUGCCAAAGGUGCUGAAUAUGCCCCUGGUAUGCAUUUUUCCGGUCGCCAAGGUCAACAUUCAUGGAAUGCUGUGCUUAUUGAUAAGUGUUGGCGUUUGAUUGAUUGUCACUGGGCUGCACGUCGUUUAAUUGGUAAACGUCCUAGUCCAGACAACGUACGCUAUGGAUUGGAUAUGUUUUAUUUCUUAGCUAGUCCAAGUCAGUUGAUUUACACUCAUUUCCCACAUGACCCCGACUGGCAGUUAUUACGUCAUCCAGUUUCACUAAAAGAAUUCGAGAAUUUAGCUCCAGUCAAAUCUGCUUUUUUCAAAUACAAUUUGGAUCUAGUUACACAUCGUAAUUCUGUGAUUGUAUGCUCAGAUCCAGAAGUUCGUAUUGUCAUAGCUUUUCCAUCGGAUUCUAAAAAUGAUUUAUCAUUUACAUUUGGCUUAUCAUUUGAUAAUCAAGAAGGAAGUGAGGAGUUUCGUGGAAUUCCUUUGACUCGAUUCGGUAGACAAGAAACAUUGAUACGAGAGCAUACAUCAGUUUUCUACAUUAGACCACCAAGACCUGGAGCAUAUAAAUUACUUAUCUAUGCUAAACAACAUCAACCACAUCAAAAUGGACAAAAAGAAGGUCUCGGUAUAGUCAGUAUGAUCCCUGAUGACUUAAGUUCUGAAAAUUUGUUUGGUGCUGUUUGUGAGUAUCGGUUAGUAGCGAAUUUUGGUUCAAACUGUUCAUUGCCGCCGUUUCCACCAUGCCAAUCAUCAAGCUACGGACCGAAUGAGUUGGCUAAAAAUUAUCGAAUAACAGCUCAACGUGUUGAUUGUACAUUACGUGCUGUACGUGGUACUUUGGAAAUACGUUUUGGUUUAGGCUCAUUACCAGGUUGUCCACCGCCACGUUUAAUGGCUAAACUCAAAUGUACAUUAGUUGCUGAAAAUGCUCUUUCAAAAAGUUUACUACAACGAAGUAUAAAUGGGAAUUCAGAAGCUGUAUUUGCUAUUUUCUUACCAGAAGCUGGAGAAUAUGGUCUAGAAGUGUACGCUAAUGAUCCUGUGAAAGAUGGAAAUUCUUUCUUUGUGGUAUGGCAAUAUAUUAUUAUAUCAGAUUGUGAUUCUCCAGUUCGUGGUCUACCAACUAUUCCGCCAACCUAUUUAGGUCCAGUUUCACGUUUUGAUUCAAUGGGUUUAAAAGCUUUAAGUCAUACAGAUCCAUUUAUUCAAGCUAAUACUGGUGAACUGUGUAUUCAAUUUGCUCGGCAUCCUGAUAAACCUUUACGAAUUAUGGCACAAUUAAUACACUGUAGUCAUGAUGUAUCGGAAGAUUGUUCACAGCAAAUUCUUCAACAAACACGUGACUUCCAAAUCUACUUUGUUAUACGUUUCCCUCAUCCAGGAUUUUUCAAAUUUCAAAUAUAUGCUCUUCCUUAUACGGAACCAGGCGAAUCACUUCCUAGUGUCUAUAAUUAUCUAUUGGAAGCAACUCAGGUUAAUCGUGGAAGAAAUGGUCAUGUAAUGUGUUUUCCACAACAAUUCGCCCAAUGGAAAGAAGGUUGUUAUCUUCAUACACCAAUGGAUGGUAUAUUAUAUCCUAGUGGAUCAAAUCAACCAACUGCUGAUACUGUACCGUUUCGUGUCACCAUACCAACUGCACAUGCAGUUGCUGUUGUUGUCGGUGAAGAUUGGACACAUUUAAGUAAAGUUAAUGAUUGUUGGAUUGGUCAAGUUUGUCUAAAACCGUAUUGGGGCAUAGAAAACCAAUUAGCAUUAUGUGCUAAGUAUAAUGUUGACGAUGGAAACUAUGGCACUCUAUUAGAAUACCGAUUAGCUAAACGGUAAACAAAAAUAAAUGGAAAGAUGGAAGAUAAAGGGAUUAGAUUUUACUAAAAAAAACCUUAUGACAUGGCUUUAUUCUGUCAAGUAAUAAGUAGUUGAAGAUAAAGAAAACUGUGUACGUGUGUACUUUGUGUUUGCUGAGUGGAGAAAUCAUAGGGGGAAGGGAAGAUAAGUAGCUCUGUGAGAGAUGUAUAACUGUAUGUGUAUGCAUACUUCUCCAGUAAGCAAAAUAUAAAUAUAAGGAUAUACACACACGUACACAUACAAAUCAAUAUGCACAAAUUUCAUUUCAAUGAAGCAAGAUCCGCAAAUUACAUGAUCAAAGUGUGGGAUGCAAAAGGAAUGAACCAAUUAUCCGCCACUAAAACAAAAACAAAUUGGGAUGAAACACAUUUCAAUUACACAUUGAGUUAAGCUGAUUAGAAUAGUUGGACGAAUGUGGGAACAAGGAAUGAGUUGUACACCACGUGAAACUAUAUAUAUAUAUCCCAAUUUGUUUUUGUUUUAGUGGCGGAUAAUUGGUUCAUUCCUUUUGCAUCCCACACUUUGAUCAUGUAAUUUGCGGAUCUUGCUUCAUUGAAAUGAAAUUUGUGCAUAUUGAUUUGUAUGUGUACGUGUGUGUAUAUCCUUAUAUUUAUAUUUUGCUUACUGGAGAAGUAUGCAUACACAUACAGUUAUACAUCUCUCACAGAGCUACUUAUCUUCCCUUCCCCCUAUGAUUUCUCCACUCAGCAAACACAAAGUACACACGUACACAGUUUUCUUUAUCUUCAACUACUUAUUACUUGACAGAAUAAAGC